CCAUUUUGCGCUGGGACUGUGAGGACCACUGGCGGUGCAUCACUCUCUGUGCAGACUGGACUCAACAAGAAGGAUACAGGACUCUCGAUCCACGUCUCUUUCACCAAUUUCUUACCAUCCAGAAAUCUAUUAUUUUUGUUUCCCCCUCUUUUUUGUGUAUUACGCCUUAGUGCGUCAGCGCUGUCAUGACCACAGAGACCCCUCAACAGCAGCUGGAUCCUCCUCAUCGCUCGAGCCCGUCUACGGGAGUGUUGCACCCCGCCAUGCUGAGUCCACAAGCCGCAUCAGAGAGCUCCUCCGUGGUUAAGGGGAAAAAGUCCAGCUCAGGGCUGCGGCGGCCGGAAAAACCCCCUUACUCCUACAUUGCGCUCAUCGUCAUGGCAAUCCAAAGCUCUCCGAGCAAACGGCUAACUCUCAGUGAGAUAUAUCAGUUCCUGCAGGCUCGGUUCCCCUUUUUCCGCGGCUCUUACCAGGGCUGGAAAAAUUCCGUGCGCCACAACUUAUCUCUGAACGAGUGUUUUAUCAAACUGCCCAAAGGCCUAGGCCGUCCAGGUAAGGGCCACUACUGGACCAUCGAUCCAGGCAGUGAAUUCAUGUUUGAGGAGGGCUCGUUUCGGCGCAGACCGCGGGGGUUCAGGAGGAAGUGCCAGGCUCUCAAGCCCAUGUACCGCAUGAUGAAUGGCAUAGGGUUCGGGACAUCAAUUCUGCCGCAGAGUUUUGACUUCCAGCCGCAGUCCAGCCUGUGCCCCAGUAACAGUUACGGCCUGGAUAUGAUGAACAGCUCAAUGAGCAGUGGAUACGACCACCACGUGGCCCACAUGUCACCCAGCCCCGGGUCCACGUACAUGGCCAGUUGUCCAGUGCCGCCCAGUGGUGACUACGGCGCGGACAGCAGCAGUAGCCCGGUACCGUCCUCCCCGGCAAUGGCCAGCGCACUUGAUGGGCACUCACCAUACACAAGCUCCUCUGCACAUUGGGCGUCAGCCAGCGGCUCUCCGUAUAUCAAGCAACAGCCAUUGGCGUCCAGCAGCCCAGCAUCCACAGCACUGCACUCAGGGAUGUCACCCUAUUCUCUGGAGCAGAGCUACCUGCAUCAGAACCGGGACAGCCACAGCGAUAUCUCAGUGGGCAUCCCUCGUUACCAGAGCCACUCCUCUGUGUGCGACAGGAAGGACUUUGUGUUGAACUUUAACGGCAUCUCCUCUUUUCAUCCAUCGGCAUCAAGCUCAUACUACCACCACCAUCACCACCACCAUCCCCAGAGCGUGUGUCAGGACGUCAAACCUUGCGUCAUGUGAGCGCGCGCUUUGUUGGACUUGAAGACAAAUAUCCACGAGACACAGUGUGACUGUGACCUGAGGACACACUCCUGGCCUUUACCAGGCAUGUUUAUGAAGGACAUCCAAGCGUGCCUUUGCGCCAGAACACUUCUUUACCCGAAUAUGCACCGAAAAAAAAAGUGAAUCAAUGAAGAAACUCCCGGGGCCUUUCAGAAACCACUUUGCCUUUUCCCAAAAUGCCUUAAAGACACUUAUUGUGUUUGCUUUUGUAACAAUUAUAAUAUCUGUAUUGAUGUUUAUUUCUGUAUAGUAACACACGCGAAGCUUUAAACGUGAACGGCAUCAAACCUUGCACUUAUUGUAUAACCAUUUGGCAACUUUUGCCCUGUAAACGGUUUCAAUAAAA